CAGAGUUAUCGCCAUCUUGAUUUUUAGGUUUAAGUUGGGUUUAUAGUCGAUGAAAUGUCUAUUUAGUGUGGGUUGUGGAAACACCUUGUUACAAGUAAUAAAUAUUGUGUAAAUUUGGUAACAGGAUAUUCGGGAAAGUGAAUAGGUCUACUAUGGCAGCUAAUAAUAGUAAUACACGUGUGGUAGCAUCAUCUCCUACCUGUUCAAAAUGUGGGGUAAAGCAUAACUGUGUGCAUCCGUACUGCCUACACUGUCUUCAAAAAAUGUCUGUCUAUGGUAAAAACAUCAAUUGUAAUUUAUGUAGGCAGGACUCUAAGGAGUCAACGUCGAAGCAACCCACGCCUUUUGAACCUUACAUUCUUGAUACAAGUAACAUUGCGGACCAUGUAUUGAUUGAAGAGGAAUUUGUUGUAAACUUAACAACAAAAAAUCACUCCAGUACAGAUGAGCAUGACAGACAUUUAAAAAUAACUGGUAGCUUAACCUUUACACCACUUCAAGGGUAUGAGAAAGAAGUCACUGUGAAAGAUCAUCAAGAUGGGACAUAUGCUUUGUCUGGUUGCUGUGAUAAAGAGGGUGAAUGGGAGCUGCGAUGUUAUGUAAAUGGUAAGCAAAUCAGCCAGACACCUUUGAAAGUAAAAGUAGUCAAGGAAGGCUUGCAGGAACGUCCUAAUAUAUUCAGGAAAAAAAAGGACACCAGUUUACAUAUGUUUGAUAUUGUUGAUGAUACAGUUUAUGCUUGUGGAGGCGUUAAUGAAAUUACGAAGUUCACGCUAGAAGGAAAAAUUAUAGGUACAAUUUUUGGCCAUAGGUUAUGGCAGUUCACAAGUUUAUGCUGCGUGAAUAUUGAGGGGGAUUUGUUGAUUGUAUGCUAUGAUAAAUAUAUGAAAAGACUUAUGUUUUAUCAAAAUGAGAACUGGGAUGAAGGCGAUGGCGGUAAGAUCGGGUCUGUCUAUGGCAAAAUAAUGGCACAUGAUGAUAAGAUCUAUGUUCCUGAUUGUUGGAAAAAUUGUGUUUUGUGUUUUUCCAGGGAAGGUAAACUGCUAGAUGAAAUUCAAGGGACAGGAGAUUAUAUGAAUGUGAAAUUAUCAAUGCCAUAUGGUGUGGCUAUAACAAAAAAGGGGGAUAUUUUAGUCCUAUCAUAUGGAUGUAACCAGGUGGCAAAGAUUAAUUACAAGGAUAAAAAGGCUGCAGUUUUGAUUAAAAACAGUCCAAGUGGUAGGCCUGGGCCUAAAUUGUUAAAUUACACUUAUGCUAUUGCCGUUGAUGAAUGCGAUCAGAUCAUAAUUGGUUGCUACAGAAAACUACUGCUGUUUAAUCAAGAUGGAAUUUUUAUUAAGAACAUCGACAAUGAGAAUGUCCCAUAUUAUCCUUACAGCAUAUUUUGCAGAAAUAGAUGCAUUUGGGUUGCAGAUAAUAAGAAUUCUUCGCUUCGGUUUUACUAUUAUUGAAACAUUGUUUAAAAUAUAUGUCUGUGUUGGAAGUCAGUGUUCAGAUAAAUAUAAAGGUGCUCACAUAAAGUAUAAAACAUCAGCUUCUAAUGUGACAGAUCAAUACUUCACAGAUUUACAGGCUUCACUAUGAACACAUGUGUAUUUAGCUAUGCUAUGUUGCUUAGACCAUGACUAACUAUUAUUGAAAGUUUCAUUCUGAUAGUAGCAUCAUUUUUGUGAUAUUAAGGUCCAAAAAAUAUGACAAGUAUGGGUUUCAAAGGCUUAUUUAAUCGAUUUUGGAGUCUACUAUUAUGACUGUAGAAAAUACAUACAUCGUUGUG